GUGGUUCUGCUCGUGCUGCCAUUACAAAGUUCUCCUAGAUGUCGGACUCAACGACCUCGACCGUACUUGAGAAGAAGCGUUAGGGUUCCGAAUUGGGCGAUGGAGCCCUUUGUCGGGGCACGUGCAGCACGAUGAGCACGCGCUCAUCUAUUUCAGUGAUUUGAUCCAAAGUAUCAAUCCACCAUCGAGCUCUAGGACAGUGAUGGCACCCAACGGAUUUGACUUGCGUAUGCAGUCCCCUCGCCCGGAGACGCCUGAGCCAUCAUCCAAGCAGGGCAGGCGAAACCCCCAGCUUGAUGCCCAGUUGCUUGAUGCUGACGGCGCGAUUUCUGACAAGCUCGAACGCUGUCUUCGUCAUAUCUUCGCCAAGUAUUGCACACCAUCCCCAGCGCGUCCCCUAAAUCAAGACUCCGUGACUCUCCUCACACCUCCUGAUGGUGCUAUUCUUGAUACUGCAGGGCUAGACGCGUGGGCACAAGACACAAAUGGUGCACCGUUUAGUGAAGAGACCAAAGAGGAGCUCAGAGAAUUUUUGGACGUCAAUGAGGAAGGCGAGCUGACGUUCAGAGGCUUCGUGCAGAUAUAUCAGCUGCAGACGGAAAAUGACGAGGAAGAAACAUGGAGAGAUCUGUCAAACCAUGGAUUUGAUCGUACACUCACCAUCGUCUCAACGCGUCGGGAGGGUGAGGCAGAGGGCGGUCAUACGCCUCUGAUAAUGUCAUGAAGAUACCACAAAAACGCGUACAACCUUUUGAUACGCGGUGAAAAUACUAAUCACAGACCAACCAUGACUUUACGAUGCCCAUCCUUUGAUUGCUUAUCUAACUGGAGAUACCCUCCGUACUCAUGACUUUGUCUGACCUUACGAACGCGACACUCCACAUCCCUCCCCCCUGCUGGAUGAUGUUCACAUACUAGACAUAAUCACAUCUAGCGUCUGCUUGUUUUCAUU